AUGCCUGUCUUUAGUAGUAGUAAGAAAAAAUCACAUGAAUAUCUAUGUAAAAUCUUCACUCUGGAUGCUGAAUUACAUUUUACUAUUGAAGCAACAACAAAAGGUAAUACAAUAUUUUCUCUUGUUUGUCAAACAAUUGGUCUUCGUGAAUAUUGGUAUUUUGGUCUUAAAUAUUUCGAUAAAACUUCAAAUGAAUGGAAUUGGCUUCAAUUGAAUCAUACAAUUAUUUCACAACCAAUAGAAAUCUCAUCGAAUUCAACUUUAUUUAAAACACCGGAUUCACCUAAUCUAACAGAUUGUUUUAAUCCUCAUCUUUUACGUUCACCACCAACAUCUUCAUCAGUAUUAAAUCUUUCGUCUCCUAUAAUUAAUGUUGGUCAACAACCUUUGAAAGGUAUCAUAGAACUUUAUUUUGUUGUCAAAUUUUAUCCCGAAGAUAUUACACAUGAAAUUAUACAAGAUAUUACACGACAUCUUUUUUAUUUACAAGUUAAACAUGAUAUUCUUAAUAUGGAUAUUUAUUGUCCACCAGAUACUGCUGCACAUCUUGCUUCACUUUCUCUUCAAGCAAAGUUUGGUGAUUAUGAUCAAAUUGAAUCAUUAUCUGAAUCAUUAAAUUUAGAAAAUGAAGCAUUAUUACCAUUAACAUGUUUUCAAAAAAUAGAAUUAUCUCGUUCAGAUUGGUUUGAUCGUAUAAUUGCUUUAUGGCGUACACAUGCAUUACUAUUACGAGAAGAAGCUGAAAUAUCUUAUUUAAAACAUGCACAAGAUUUAGAUAUGUUUGGUUUAUCAUUUUUUGAAAUAUCAAAAAUGCAAGGUACAAAUAAAUCUUCAUCACAACAACAAAUCAAAUCAAUUAACCAGCAACAAAAACAGUCAGAUCAAGCACUUAUUGCCGCUGAACUUUGGCUUGGAAUUGAUUCAUUAGGAAUUCGGUUUUAUAAGAAAAAUAAACUGAGACCAGAAGUUUUCUUCUCAUGGUGUGAUGUUAAAUCUGUUACAGCUCAUGAUAAAAAAAUUGUAUUAAAUCUAACUAGUGAUAAACAUGCAACAUUUGCAUUCUAUGCUGCAAAAUCAUCUGUAAGCAAAGAGAUACUUGAUUUAGCAACAGGUAACCAUGACUUAUAUAUGAAACGUCGACAAGAACAAUCAAUUGAAAUACAACAAAUGAAAUAUUUUGAAGAACAACAACAAAAAGAAAAAAUGCGAUUAUUUAUACAAGAACGUAAAUUAAGAUUACAAGCAGAAAAACAACGUGAUGAAAUAGAAUGUAAACUUACUGAUUAUCAACAACAAAUGAAAGAAGUUCACGAAACAUUGGUUAAAUAUCAAGAAGCAACUGAAUUAUUAGCACGUAAAGCACAUGUAAAUAGUGAAGAAGCUCGAUUACAAGCAGCAAAAGCACUUGAAAUUGAAACACAACUUGAACGAUGUAAAUAUGAAAUAAGUCGAAAUGAAGAAGAAAAACGACUUUAUGCUCGACAAAUUCAUGAAUGUGAACAAGUAAUUUCAACAUUAGUCAACGAUGCAAUUAAAAAUAAUUCUUAUUAUUCAUGUCGUUGUCAUGAAUUUUAUCUUCUUUCAUCAAUUAUUGAACAGCGAUAUGAUAAAAUUGAAAUUAUUUUUAUUUUAUUUUUUUCCUUUCAUAGUCGUAAAGAAUCUGAUGAAUUGAAAUUAGAAGUUGCUAAAUGGCGUGUAGCUGAAGCAGCUGCACGUGAAAAACUUUUGGCUAUUACUCAACUCAAUCAAUCGUGUGCUAUUUCAAAUGCACCGAUACAUACUCAACAUAAUCUCGUUCAAUCAUCUUCACGAACAACAACUGUAUCUCCACCACCUUAUCGACCGAUAACAAAAGUUCAAGAAUCAAAUUCAACAGAUGAAAGAACUCAUUUUAUUGAUAAACAAGCACAAUUAGCAUUACAAUUACAAGAUUUAAAAAAUGUAAUUCAAUCAAAGAAAAUUGAAGAUCAACAAACACCAUUAGAUAAAGCUUAUGAAGAAAAUUUAGCAAUAGGUGAUAAUAAAUAUUCAACAAUACAAAAAGCACGAUCAGGUACAGCUUUAAGACGUGUGGCUACAUUACAAGAUUUAUAA